ACCAUUAAAUAUUACGUGCAGUGUAUCCAAAGGGAGUUGUUUCUAGCCAGUGAGUGUUGAUUUUGAGUUUUCACAGUUCCACUAACUAUAGGCAUGGAACAUAUUUUGAACUUGCCUAAAGUUAUGGAGGGACUUCCUCCAUGUAAUUACUUACAGCACAGUAGUGAGAUUUAAAUGACACCUUAAAUGCACCUGCAGCAUACACAACUAACCGCAUACUCUUUACCUGCGUAUAUUUACUUCUCUCACUGUCAUUAGCCCUUUAUAAUAUGCAGCUCCUUUGUUUCGUCACUUCACAUCACUGAACUCUUCCUUGCUCUCACUGUUUAUUCACCCUGCAUUUUUUUGUCUUUGGAAGCAAACAAAGAUGGGGAAGCAAAAAUCUGUAAUUUUGUGGGCUGUUGUUUGUGCAUUGCUCACACAAAACUUCGUUAUUCCUGUUAUGUCUAGAGCUUCUUUUGGAGAACAAAAGACCUAUUACUCUCCUGAUCCGAAUACCGGAACUCCUCCAAGUUCAGGUUCAUACACACCUCCAUCUCAUGGUUCAAGAGGUGGUCAUGGAACACCUUCGCAUGGAAGCGGUGGUCAUGGAGGAAACCCACCAGGUGGUAACUGUGGUAACCCGACUCCCCCUAGUGGAGGGCAUCAUCAUCACCAUAACCCUACCCCAUCUCCUCCAUCAGGCGGUCAUGGAGGUGGUGGUUAUUCUCCCUCUCCACCAGCUCAUCAUGGUGGAGGAAGCCCUCCUAGUACUCCAACACCUAGUACCCCUAGUACACCAUCCACCCCCUCUACACCUGUUGUAACCCCAACUCCAGACCCUGGCACUCCAAGUACUCCAGGGGGUGGAAGUGGCUACUAUCCUUCCCCGACUCCAAGUACUCCUACACCUAGUACCCCUAGUACACCAUCCACUCCCUCCGCACCUACUAUUGAAACACCACCUACUCCUACCGCUGACCCCGGAACUCCAAGCACUCCAGGUGGUGGUGGCUACUAUCCUUCGCCUACACCUACACCUACCACCCCCUCUACACCUACCAUUGAAACACCACCUACGCCUACCGUUGACCCUGGUACUCCAAGCACUCCAGGGGGUGGUGGUUACUAUCCUUCCCCUACACCUACUACCCCAACUACUCCAAUCAUUGAAACACCACCUACUCCUACCAUUGACCCCGGAACUCCAAGCACUCCAGGGGGUGGUUACUCCCCGACUCCUACCACCCCCACUACACCUAUCAUUUAUCCAGGCACUCCAAGUGCUCCAGGUGUCUUUCCAAUUGACCCCAACUCACCACCUUUUACAUGCAAUUACUGGAGGACUCACCCCGCGCUGAUAUGGGGCUUGUUUGGCUGGUGGGGAUCUGUAGGCAAUUCAUUUGGUGUGGCUAGUCUUCCAGGUUUUGGGUCAAACAUGAACUUGCUGCAAGCACUUUCCAAUUCUCGUACUGAUGCCUACGGCGAUCUCUACAGAGAAGGAACAGCUUCCUUAUUGAACUCCUUGGUGAGCAGGAGGUUCACAUACACUACCAACCAAGUCAGGGAUAGUUUUGUUUCAGCCCUUAGUUCAGACAAGUCUGCAGCAGCUCAAGCACAGCUGUUCAAGUUAGCCAACGAGGGUAGAGCUUGAGCAGAAAUCAUAAUUUCUUCUCAAAAUCAUCACUUUUAGUUUCUUGCAGUGUCCAGUUUCAUAGUGUACGUUAUCCUGUGUGUUUACUUAUGAUGAAAUACUAGUAAGGUAAUUUUCGUCUAUGCUUUUUUAUGUUACAUAUGGCUUUACUGAUGUAGCUCUGGGUGGAUGGCACGUUCCAAUUUCGGAAACUCUAUGUUCCAUGUUAUGAUAUCAAAUAUGAUGAAGAGUUGCAUA